AUGGGGCAGCAUAUCAACCGCCGUCAGCUGCGGAACAUCGGUCGGCCCUGCUUCAACCUGAAGGCCAUCCACCAGCCCGCCACAGCCAGGAAAAAGUCAGCGGAAUACGCCGGUGGUCUAGAGCCGCAGCUGAAGCGCAACCAAGAAGAGGAGCGGCUUCAAGAGAAGCAAGAAGAGGAGAGACGACGAAUUCAAGAGAAGCAAGAAGAGGAGAGACGACGAAUUCAAGAGAAGCAAGAAGAGGAGAGACGACGAAUUCAAGAGAAGCAAGAAGAGGAGAGACGACGAAUUCAGCAGAAGCAAGAAGAGGAGAGACGACGAAUUCAGCAGAAGCAAGAAGAGGAGAGACGGCGCCAAGAAAAGGAAGCUCAAAGGAGAAAACAGCUACAAGACGCCGUAGAUGAAGCUGAAGCCGCCCAGCUAGAAGCCAACCUGCGCAAAGAGCUCAGCGAUGACCUCCAAAUGGAAAGAAGAAAUGAUUUUGAGGAUGACCUGUUCGGAGCCGAAGAAGUUGUGACAAGGAACCGUCAGCUUGAAGUGCAACCAGUGUGUGAAGGAGCGAUCACCAGAGCGGCCCGUCGAGUGGGAGUGCGUCCUGAAGAGCCAGUUGAAAGAUCGGAAUCACGCAAGGUGGGAAACGCGACGUCAUGGAUACAAGGACUGCAAGGCUCGCAGCAGGCGCCGCGCACAGAUGGAGCGACCGCGUUUUCUGCCUUCACAAAGAGUAUUCCAAGACUAACUCUUCCCACCUUCAGCGGAAAGGCGUCAGAAUGGCCGAGGUGGGUUGGGUUAUUCAAGGCGCUGGUCCAUGACCAACCAUCCCUCUCCGACACUGAGAAAAUCGCCCACCUACAAUCAUCUGUGAGUGGCCUGGCACAGCAGACCAUAUCUGGCAUGCUGUACGACGGAACUCUCUACCACCAAGCUCUAAAGGCGCUUGAAGAGUGUUUCGGCCAGGACGAUGACGUCAUUCAGCACAACCUCAACAGCAUCUUCGACGCUCCGGACCCACGUGAAGACGACGCCGAAUCACUGGAAAGGUUUCAAGCAACCGUGCACUGUGCGGUCACUAUUCUGCGAAACAUAGGAGCGAGCGCAGACCUGCACAGCAGCAAUAGCUUGCAGCGAACAGUGGAGAAACUACCAAGAGAGCUGAGGCGCGAGUGGGGCAAGUUCUCCUUGGAGCUGAAACCUGGAAGACCGUCGCUUUUGGAUGUAGAUGCGUGGCUGCAGACUCAAGUCAAGAUAAGCAGAAGCUGCCCAAAAGGAAAACAGAGCUCUGAAGAAGCCAGCCGUAAGCACAGGAAGGAGAGCGCCGUUGAGACUGUCAGCAGACAGGCCUUUACCACGGCUGCGAGGCCCAUUCAGAAACAGGAAUGUUCUCUCUGCGGAGAACACCACAAUCUGGAUCAGUGCAAGCUGUUCACUGCAAAAUCUCCCGACGCCCGGUUGAAGCACGUGUUUGGUGAGCAACGAUGUUUCCGGUGCCUGAAGAAGGGCCAUCGCGUGAAAGACUGCCGGAAGGCAAAACGCUGUGGGAAGAACGGCUGCAAGUACCGGCACCACGCUCUCCUCCACGGCGGCCAGCCAGUCAGGCCUCAGCCACUCGAAGUGUCAACCGCGGAAACGGAGAGAGAGACUGGUGAAGCAGUCUCGAGGACACGUCUCGCAACCAAGCAGAAGAGGGUCGUGACAGCCUCGGGACACCAUCAAGAGGACGAAGGCAAUGUUACGCUGCUGCAAGUAGUCUCAGUCCGAGUCUUUGGAAGGACAGGAACCAGAGACACGCUGGCUCUACUAGACCCUGGCGCCCAGACAUCCCUAUGCAGUCAGAAAUUAGCGGACAAGCUGGGCAUCUCAGGCGAGCCGCAGGAACUAUGCAUGCAGACGAUUCAAGGUACCGGAAAGGGGCAAGUGGCCAGGAAGCUGGUAAUGGAAGUGCAAGGUCUAUCCCCUGAGGCCAGCGAGAAGCGGAUAACAUUAUCCGAGGUGUGGGCCGUACCGAAGAUGAACAUCUCUGUGCCACGAAUCAGCGAACGGCACCGACAAACAUGGCGUCACCUGGAGAACCUAGAUGUGCAAGACUGUUCCAAAGGCGAAGUGCAGCUGCUUCUGGGUGCCAACGUUCUCGAAGCUGUGAUCCAGCACGAGGUGAGAGCUGGACCACCAGGGCAGCCAGUCGCCAUCCGAACCGACUUCGGCUGGGCCCUUACGGGGGCGGUGCAUGCCCUCGUCCAAGAGCCCGCGCAACAGAAAGCAUCAGCGGCAGCAGCAGCACCGGGGGCGGUGCAUGCCCUCGUCUCAGAGUCUCCGCGACAGGCAGCAGCAGCAGCAGCAGCAGCAGCAGCAGCAGCAACGCGGGCGGUACAUGCCCUCGCCCCAGCCACGCAACAGACGGAGGGGCAUCAAGAGCGUGCUCGCCGGAGAUCCAGCGCUCCUCGCCGACUCCAACACACCGCCAGCUACGCGUCCGCUCGCCCGCAUGACCCAGGUGUUCCCGGGACCAGAUCGAAGAGUCCGUUCUGUCCAGAUCAAGACAGCGGGAGGAUAAGCGGGCAGAUGGCCGUCGCCCAGAUCGCGGUGAUGGGAGAACAGUGAGCAACUGCUGUGAACAGUAAUGUAAAUAUGUGUAAAUAUGUGAGAACUGCCGAUUGCUCGCCCGGUCCGGAUUCCGCCCCGUCGAGGCCUUCUACCAGCCGAUAUAUCAGUGGCGGUACAGAGUUUAGUGUUCUCAUAGAGUCGAACACGGGGGGCGGGAUGUGACCGCCAAAACUGUCCUGUCGCCCGUCUCGCGAGCAGGGUGGCGGGCGGCCGGUGGGUCAGCCGAGCGGGCCGCCGCGCCGUUCCCCCCCCCCCUCCCCAGUGGGGGUGUUUUGCGCGCACCUGUGUGUGCAGGACCUGACCCCUCUCGCGGCGACGCCCGCCGAUAGCUUUGUUCACGGGGAACGUGGUCGGCGCGGCGGGCCCGGUUACGUUUGUUUAGCGCGCUGCGUCCGUCCCGGCGGCCGCUGGCGCGCUGCGUCGCGCCCUAUCUCUUUCUUUAUCUCCGGUUCGUCGCGUCCAGUUAGUUUGCCUAAUACCGUUUGCUUUGCUCCCUCGCUAUCUCCCCUGUGUGUGACCCCAUUGCCAGUCGUAUUUAAACCUGCUGUAAACACCUCCCUCCCUCUGUUCUCUCCCAGUCUUCGCGCCGUGCGGUUGUUCGCUCCGCUCGGCUCAACCUCCACGCAGUGUGGUGGUUUUCUGCCGGCUCUUUGUUCAUCGCAACAUAGACUGUGAAUCAGUGCAGUGGUGUGUCCAAGGAAGUGGUCACCUGGAGCGAUUGAGCAAAAGACUUCAAGUUAGCGGCACAGUAUACUCAAGUUUCUCUCUGUUCUGCCUCAGUCGUCGAGCCGGGCGGUUGUUUCGUUCCGCUCGUCGCAGCCUUCAAGCAGUGUAAUUGGUUUGCCGGAUCUUGCUCUUUGCAAUACAGACUGUGAAAUCAG